UGUCUAUCUAUGUGCCCGCUGGAGGACGGACACACACUCGCACCAACAGAAGUAGGGACAGACAGAGAAUCCGAGCGCCACCGCCGGCUCUUCCAUCCAUGUGUGGCUCGUGCUUUAAAACGCGUUAGUUGUGUUUUACGGGCUCGCCGAGCGAUCCGCGCGACACAAUCAACCGACGACAUGGACAGACUGGAAAAGGGAAAUAAAUCCGAGGAUGACUCCGAAUCGCCCGAGGAGGAAGAGGUGGACCCCCGAAUUCAGGGCGAGCUGGAGAAAUUAAAUCAGUCCACGGAUGACAUCAACAGAUGGGAGACAGAGCUGGAGGACGGGCGACAGAAGUUCCGUGCCGUGCUGGUGGAGGCCACCUUGAAGUUAGACGACCAGGUGAAGAAGAUCGGGAGGGCGGUGGAGGAAUCCAAACCUUACUGGGAGGCGCGACGGGCAGCUCGGCAGGCCCAGCUGGAAGCCCAGAGGGCAACGCAGGACUACCAGAGGGCCAUGGAGGUGCUUCGGGCGGCCAAGGAGACAAUCGCGCUGGCCGAGCAGAGGCUGCUGGAGGAGGACAGCCGUCAAUUUGACUCUGCCUGGCAGGAAAUGCUCAACCACGCCACCCAGAGGGUCAUGGAGGCAGAGCAGACAAAGACGCGGAGCGAGCUGGCGCAUAAGGAGACGGCAGCUAGGUACAGCGCCGCCAUCAGCCACAUGAAACAGCUGGAGAAGAAGCUGAAACGCACCAUUGGCAAGUCCAGGCCGUAUUUUGAACUGAAGGCAAAAUACUACCUUCAGCUUGAGCAACUGAAGAAACAGGUGGAAGAAAGACAGGCCAGGCUGAGCACGGCCAAGGGCGAGUACAAGGCAGCGCUGCGGAACCUGGAGAAGAUCUCGGACGAGAUCCACGAGCGCCGGCGUUCCUCCGCUCUCGAAUGCCGUGGCCACGGUGUGGGCUCCGAUGGGGAUGGGGGCUGCGCCGAUGAUGACGACAAUGAUGAUGACAUCGCCAACUUCAGGAUGGAGUCUGAUGGCAUCUCCAUGGUUUCGGUCUCGAUUGAGGAUGAGACCUGCCAUGAAGUUGUGCCAGGAGAGGACUCGGGGAACCCUUCAAUCUGCAGCCUUGCCAUGGGCCGACCUCGAUCCUGCUCUACAUCCCGUCCUGGCACUCUGGACCUUCCUGGUGGCCUAACCCCACAUGCUCCUGGCCCAAGGAGCGACUGCAGUGGGGCCUCGUCCCCGGAGUGUGACCCGGAACCAGGAGACCCAUCAGAGUUGCAGGGAGACCCUGUGUGCCUAGAGAAGCCCAUGGACAGCCUCUCCUUGCAGCAAAGCAGUAACACAAAGCGAGACACUUUCACUGUAGCCCCUUCCCUGGCUCCCAGUUCUCUACUGGUCAAUGGGGUAUGAAGGGGGGGCACCUGAAACCCAGCCCUCCCGCACCUUUCUGCAGUGACCCUUGUUCUUGGGAAGGAUUCACGAGGGUGUUGUGACGUCCUUCAUCCUUUCACCCUGCCGUAUGGAUGUUGAACAGUUUUUCUGAAAGUCCCUUUCCUCCUCAGCAGUGUUUUCAAGAGGAAAGGAAAGGGCCACAACACAAUGAGUGAAGCAUUAUCAGCUGUGAUGUGGUUGUGGUGCUGCAGUGGGGACUUCCGUCGUCGUUUCUGAACUUCCUAGGCAACAUGUCCCCUUAGCUACAAUAUAAGAUGUUCACAAGUGAAUCAAACCCUGUGGUCCAUAAUAAGGCUUUGUGCCUUUUGACAAAACUGUUGAGCCAAUAUUGUCAUUAUACAUUAAUCUGCUCUAAUGUAUGGUAAAAAACAAAUCUGUGGAUUGGGUAUCAGCUUUAGAACCUCAUCCUGACUAUGAAUAAACUUGUAUUUGCUGUCACCCUAUUUGUGACUCUUCUGGUAGUAUAACAGGGUACUUUCCUACUCAUCUUUCUCAUGGCAUCUCCUGGCCCUGUACUGAAGAGCAACUUCUUUUUAGCAGUUUUCCUUCCUGAAAUCUAGGCAAGGAACCGCAAGCUUAACUGUUAAAGGAAAACUGUAAUUGGCAGGACACUUUAGUGAAACAAGAAAAUAAAUGUGUAAUUCCCCAUUUCAGCUUGACUAAAACAUUUGCAUUUACAUUUAUUCAUUUAGCAGAUGCUUUUGUCCAAAGCGAUGUACAUCGUAAAACUGCAUUCUUUUCUGGAAUUCAGGUUUGGAAUGCUUAGGGGAAAAACCUUAUCAACCACAGCAAACCAGUGUGCUGAGAAGAAUUUGCUAGAAUGGAUGGAUGAGUUGAGAUCACAACUCAGAUGUUUGGAAGGGCAAACACAAAUACUCCUCCUUGAAGUCACUCACACACCCUUCUCCCUAGAUGACUGACUCAUUUUAGCCAGAGUUUUUUUGUACAUAAAUUGGGCUGAGCUUGUUGAUAUGCUGACAGAACUGAAAAGAGAAAGUUGCAGCUCAAGCCCAGUUGGCCGAUCAAGCUUAGGCCUGUCCUGUACUCCUGUCAAAGACAUUUGUACGAAAAUAUUUUUGCACUAAUUAAUGACAUUUAUCUUGUUCUGUGUGUGUUGUAAUCUGUAUGAAUUUUCAACAUAUUUGUGUUUAACCAAAAGAUGUGGGUGGGUCACAGACCCUGUUGGGGAUUUCCUUUUUUAUAUGGUGCUGCAUUCCUUUUCUCUGAAAAAUAAACCAGUGUUCACUGUCUUGCU